UCCGGAUGCGGGGAGAAUCUUUCGUGCGGAAUGUUUGAUCUGCUGAAUUUCAUAAGAGAACUGCUGCACAGUAUGUUGGCGAUCUUUUCGUUCGGUAAGAAGAAGCUCUCGAACACGCUGAGCGUGUACGUGAAGACCAAUACGGGCAGUACGCUCUCAGUUAGUCUCGAACCGCACAUGGAAAUCAAGGAGGUGAAGGAGAUGGUGGCCCCACAGCUUGGCCUAGAACCGGCCGAACUGAAGAUCAUCUUCGCUGGCCGUGAGCUAUCGGACACGACGACAAUCAGCGAAUGUGAUUUAGGCCAACAAUCGAUUAUCCAUGCCGUAAAAACCAGGCCACCACCAGUCCGUCGGGGGCAACAAAUGCAAUCGUUAGGUGGUGCAUCCAUCGCCGAGGAAGCGUCCGAGGAUGAACCGCAGUCAGUUGUGCCACAGGCACCACUCUCCGAGACAAUGACGGAACUGACGGAGGCGAACGAUCGUCCGUCUUCGGAACGGCGCAAGGCGCACUUCUUCGUUUACUGCUCUCAGUGCGAGAAAGUGUGCACCGGGAAGUUGCGUGUCCGGUGUGGUAUCUGUGGCAGCGGUGCCUUCACCGUGCACCGUGAUCCCGCCUGCUGGGAUGACGUGUUGAAGCGAAAGCGCAUCACGGGUCACUGCGAGCAGAACGAGGUGCCUUGUGUGGAAAACAGCGAAGGACAGCCUCCGUUUUCGGAGUUUUACUUCAAAUGUUCGGAACACUCGUCGGGCGGAGAGAAGGAUUUUGCGGCUCCGCUGAACCUAAUCAAAACGAAUCACAAAAAUGUUCCUUGUCUAGCGUGCACGGAUGUUAGUGAAACUAUCCUCGUGUUUCCUUGUGCCGACGGACACGUGUCUUGUUUGGACUGCUUCCGCCAGUAUUGCGUGACGCGAUUACUGGAACGACAGUUUGUGGAGCAUCCGGGUGGUGGUUACACGUUACGCUGCCCUGCCGGCUGUGAGAAGUCGUUCAUUGAGGAUGUGCAUCACUUUAAGUUGUUGGAAAAGGAGCAGUACGAGCGGUAUCAGCGCUUUGCCACGGAGGAGUACGUUCUGCGGAAUGGUGGUGUGCUGUGCCCGCAGCCCGGUUGCGGCAUGGGACUGCUGGUGGAGCCCGAGUGCCGUCGAAUUCAGUGCCAAAGUGGCUGCGGGUAUGUGUUUUGCCGUAGCUGUCUGCAGGGCUAUCAUUUGGGCGAGUGUUUCGAAACACCGACAACUCCCGGCGGCAGUGGGGAGCAUGGGUACGCGAUUGAUCCACAGCGAGCAUCGGAAGCGCGAUGGGAUGAAGCGACGAAGAUUGUGAUUAAGGUGUCGACGAAACCGUGUCCCAAAUGUCGAACCGCUACGGAACGGGACGGUGGAUGUAUGCACAUGGUCUGCGUACGCUCCGGAUGUGGGUUCGAGUGGUGCUGGGUCUGCCAAACGGAAUGGACCCGCGAUUGUAUGGCCGCACACUGGUUCGGUUGACGAUCGAAACGAUAUUGAUUGAACAUGUUUGUAGUUCCACUGUUGGUAGUUUAUUUCAAUAAACGGAUACCUUUUUGUUUAA